AUGGACAUGGACAUGGACAACCCGGACUUCAAGAGGAAGGCGCCACGCCGAAAAGGAGACGACCGGGUCAUCCUGCAUUUUGAUCUAGAUUGCUUCUACGCACAGUGCAUCGAAAACGCCAACCCCCACCUCAAGUCUGUACCCCUCGGCAUCAAGCAAAAGUCCAUCCUUGCCACGUGCAACUACGUCGCGAGAAAGCACGGGGUGAAGAAGCUGAUGGGGAUCCAGGAGGCCAAGAGGCUGUGUCCCGACCUUGUCCUGGCAGACGGGGAGGACCUGUCACCCUUCAGGGAUGUCUCCAAGCAGAUUUACUCCCUGCUAAAGUCCUAUUCUUGGAACGGGAGGGUGGAGAGGUUGGGGUUGGAUGAGGUUUUCUUGGAUGUGACUGAUGUCGUGGCUUAUAACCUGGGGUUGGUGAAUCAUCACUGCUUGGAGGAGUCGUGGUUUUGUCUGUCGAGGGAGGAUCCGGAAAGGGGGUUUGCGUUUGAUGCCCGGGAGGUGGAGGGGUGUGUCUGGCCUCCAGAUUUUGUUUCUGACCGCGAAAAUGAGGGCACGGAUAGCUUGAGGCUGAGGCUCCUCUUCGGCAGCCACCUCGCCUUUUACCUCCGCCAGCAGAUGGAAGGUCUGGGGUAUACUUCUGCUUGUGGCAUCUCCACCAACAAGCUCCUCGCCAAGCUGGCUGGCGAUAGAAACAAGCCACGCAACCAGACCACCCUCCUCUCCUCCCACAGUCCCCUCCCAUUCCUCGACCCAUUACCUCUUCGGAAAAUCCCCGGCAUUGGCGGCAAAACCAUCACCGCCAUGAAAAGCUUACUCAAAACCGACGACGACGACGACGGCCUGACCGUUCACAACGCCCGAACCAACCCGGCCGUCUCCCCUUUCGCUCUUGAACGGCUGUUGGCCGGUAGCGGUAGUGGUGGGGAGAAGGGUAUAGGCCAGAAAGUCUGGCUUUUGCUCCACGGAAUUGACGGUUCAGAGGUCAAGCCGACGAUGGAUGUGCCGAGGCAGAUAGGCAUUGAGGAUACCUAUCGCGGUUUGACGCAGCUGUCGCAGGUCAGGGCGGGUUUGGUUCAGAUUACUACCUCUCUGCUGCGGCGGAUGCAUGUUGAUUUGUUGGAUGAUUUUGAUGCGGUCACCCCACCUAUAUCACCAGCACCAACUAGUGUGGGAAAGGGUAGGUGGCUGGCACAGCCAAAGACGCUGAGGUUGACAACCCGGCCGUAUUAUCCGCCGUCGGAGUGGGAUAAGUUUGAGUAUAACCACGGUCGGGUAUCCAAAUCGGUUGCGUUGCCUAGGUUCGUUUUUGAUCUCAACAUUGAGCCAGAAAGUAUUGCGGAGAGGUUGGUUGAGGGGACGUUGAUGCCGUUGUUUCACAGUUUGAAUCCGGACAAGAGUAAACUCUGCAUCGGGCUGCUCAACGUAUGUGUCACCAACAUGGAUAGGGCGAAGGAAAGCAGCCGGGGAGGGGAUAUCAUGGCUGCAUUUCAGAGGCAGAGGGAGGUGGAGGAGAUUAGGGGCGUUGCUUUUGCUGAUGAACCCCCAGAUGGGGAGGAAAAGGCCGAAGAUACCAGUGACGACACCGAGGUGGAAUGGGUCGAGGAGGAAGAUGAGCAGGAUGGCGUGAGGUGUCGGCUUUGUGGCUGUGUCAUUCCGGUUUUUGCGGUGGAGGCUCAUGGGCGGUGGCAUGAGCUGGAUGAGGGUUGGGUUGAGUCGCAGGGUGGGUAA